GGAAAAUCGAUUUACCCAUGGCGUCGCUUCCCUCUGCGAGUUUGCUUCCUUCUCCAUCGCUCGUGGUUCUAUCCCCGACGAAGUUCUCCUCCUCCGCGCGCUCGAUUGUUUGCUCUUCGUCGCGUGCUCAUGGUUUCUCUGUCCCCCGUUCUUCGCCUAACCUUCGGAUGAGUAGAAGAGCGAAUAUUAGUAAUAAUAAUAAUAAGCUGCAAGUUGUGGCUAUGGCUCCCGAGGAAGAGAAGCUCACUCGUCGUAAUCCUCUCGAUUUCCCAAUCGAGUGGGAGAGACCUAAACCUGGGAGGAGGCCUGAUAUUUUCCCCAAGUUUAGCCCAAUGAAGACGCCAUUGCCACCACCGAUGCCUUACGAUCCUCCUGCAGAAGACGAAGAAGAAGAGGAAGAGAAGAAAGAAGAGGAAGAAGAAAACCCUGAUCAAGAAGAAGAGGAACAACCCGACAAGCAGCAAUAGAUUUUUAUAGUUUUGAAAUCCCCUUCUGUUAUGAGUUUUGUAUUGUUUUUUUUUGAAGGAGAAAAAAAAGGCAGUCGUUCUCGCAUUUAGUAGCUAGAUUUAAAUCUCAUUUUCGUAUAAUAAAGAUCCAGCUUCAUCAUAAUCUACCAUUUACGCUAUCCUUUCCAGCAUACGGUGUAGGUGUGGCUCUGACAAAAGUGCUGUUCGUUUCGUUGACGCAGCUUCCUGCGUCAGCGUCUGCGUCAAUUGUUUUAUGAAAUCUUAUUCGUUUAAUUGACGCA